GCCGACGGUGGCGCGGGGACGAGCGUGUGGGGCAGGGCGAGUCAUAUGACCCGCUCGGCUUCCUGGCUUCGGCCGCCGCCGCCCGCCCGUGUCCGCCAGUGGUGCGCCGCGGCCCCGAGGAGCCGUUGAGGGGUCCGGGCUGAGGCCCGCUCGUGUGGGAGCCGUCGCUGCUGCUGUCCUCCCGCCCGCCAGUCCGUUCUCCCUCCAGGCCGCCAUCAUGCUGGCGCUCAUCUCCCGCCUGCUGGACUGGUUUCGCUCGCUCUUCUGGAAGGAGGAGAUGGAGCUGACGCUGGUGGGGCUGCAGUACUCGGGCAAGACCACCUUCGUCAAUGUCAUCGCGUCAGGUCAAUUCAGUGAAGAUAUGAUCCCCACGGUGGGCUUCAACAUGAGGAAAGUAACUAAAGGUAACGUCACAAUAAAGAUUUGGGACAUAGGAGGACAACCCAGGUUCCGGAGCAUGUGGGAGCGGUACUGCAGAGGAGUCAAUGCCAUUGUUUACAUGAUAGAUGCUGCCGAUCGUGAAAAGAUAGAAGCCUCUCGAAAUGAACUACAUAAUCUUCUAGAUAAACCACAGUUACAAGGAAUUCCAGUGCUCGUACUUGGAAACAAGAGAGAUCUUCCUAAUGCCUUGGAUGAGAAACAGCUAAUUGAAAAAAUGAACCUGUCUGCUAUUCAGGAUAGAGAAAUUUGCUGCUAUUCAAUUUCUUGCAAAGAAAAGGAUAAUAUAGAUAUCACACUCCAGUGGCUUAUUCAACAUUCAAAAUCCAGAAGAAGCUGAAGCAUCUCCUGAAGUCUUCCAGUCCUUCCUGGCUAUAAUCCUAGAAUUAUUGUCCGUUCCUCUGAAGUACUUCCCAGAAUACGGUCCUUCCUAAACCCAAGAAAUUGCCUUUUUCAGAGUUUAUUUCUCUUGUGCACUGCUGAAGAUGUGUAUCCCUAAUCCUUCAUAAAGAAUCAGCUAGAGUUGUCAUGAUAAAGUCAGCACACACAAAAAAAGCUUCUUAUACAUACUUGUCUUAAACAGUGUGUAGAGCUUUUUUUUUUAAACACACACUUGACCAUCUUAAAUCAAGAAAAUUGCAUAUUUCUGUUCUAGUCUUUCUGGGCCAGAUUUUUAUAUUGGUUUUCAGUAAAUGUCUAGAUAUUUCCUUAUAGAGUCCAUUAGCUUAAUACUGAUACUGACUUGAUACAGCAUGAAGUUUCUAGUGCCACACACAGUAUUUAGAAAACCUUUAGCCUGACUCAUGUGGGAUAUAAACAUAAUGUUUACAUAUCUCACAAAUGCAUGUGAAAUGUAUAAUUACACCUUAGGAAUUUAAAAAAUGGUCUGCAAAGAGUGAGCAGAGGCACCAGAUCAGUGUUGUUAUUGGUUCUUUAUACUGGUGAGAUCGUAUAUGAAUUCUAAAAACACUGCUUUCUGAGAAUUCUUCAUCACCAGAUAGCAGCUGGGGAUAUGGGAGGAACCAAGGCAUGCUGUUGUGUAUCUGUCCAGAUCAUUACUUCUCCAUUUUUCUUUUUCUUUUUCUCUUUUUUGGAGAGGGUGGGGUUCAACACACUUUUUUAAAGGGUUGGGAAUUGAAGAUUUUCUCAAAGGCUUUCAUGAAUUUAGAGCAUUCUAGCCAAUAUAAUAAAAUGUGUUAAGAAUGUCAGACUUUGUUCAGACACCUGUUUGUUCUUUCUGUCUCUAGUCAUUAAAUCAGUGCUGCUGCAUGACACUCUAACUCUUGACUUUUUAUAUCCAGUCAUAGACGUUCAGCACAAUAGAUACUUAGAAACAAAUACAAAUUCUUAUUUUUCUCUCUUACUGAUGUAAGGUUUGGCACUGUUUUGUCUGGUGCCAUUAGACAUCUUGAUUAUUGUGACAACUCUAGACCUGCCUGCUCUGUCUAAUGUAAUCAUGCGCAACGUCUACAGGUUGUUUAAUAAUCAAUCACACAGAGAACUGAGGAACUGAUGCUGUGUAUUGUUUGCUUCUACGAUACGGAGAUGUAUAAAAACUUAAACAUGUUUUGUAGUUUAGUGAUGUCCAUAUACAUAAAGGGACACAUUAAUAUGGUUCACUUGUAAAUUGUUACUCACAUAAACCACUGUAGUAGAUAAAACUUUAUGCUACACCUGCUUAUGUGUUGCCUCACACUGUGUGUGAUUUUGUUUCUUUUGUUAAGCAGCACUCAUGUAGACAGUGCGUUUCCAUACAUGUUGAGCACUCAAAAGUGCAGUCAACAGUUGUUUUAAUGAAUACCAGUUUUAAUUUAUAGACUGCCAUGGCCUUAACAAUAUUCUGUACAAAAUACUGCACUGUGUUGCACAGAUACUACUUGUUUUCCUCCAUUCACAUUUUUAUGAGUAGAAUCUCAGCUUUUAAAAUUCUGUUCUUACUCUUUGAAGCAUGUUGCAUACUUCCCUGAUGGGAUGGAUGGUUCUGUAAAUGAAGGGAUAUUUAAACUUGCUACUGUAGCUCAACACCAUUAAUGGUUACUGUAAACCAUUACAAAGAAUGUGGCAAUUUGCUUGUGCCUGAAAGGAGGAAUUGGAACUAAAGUGUAUGACUGUGUGGGGACUGCGUUGGUUCGUUAAUUGACCUAUAGCUAAAACUUAACGUGUUUGUGUGUCUGUUCAUUGCUUUCAGCAUUUCAAGACAUCCAAACUCUACUACCAACAUUUUCCUGUGCAUUAACUUCUGCAUGUGAAAACAGUUACUGAACUUUGUAAAUACGUGAAUUUUUUUAUUUAGGUGAUGCAUUUUUUGUCUGUUUACUGCUCUUCUCAGCUUUAUUCAAUAAACUUGCAUUUUGAGGGUUGUAUUGACAAUUUUAACUUAAAAUGUGCAUCAUGAUGGAAGGUGCUGACGUUUUUAGAAGGGGAUGGGAGGAAAGUUACUAUGAGCAAGGUCCAUAGACAAUGUGCUAGAAAGAAAUCAGCUCACUUCUCAAAGAAUUGGGUCUGCGGGCUAGUUAAAAUAGAAAUAAACUUUUAAAAUAUCCACAGGAUUGAUACUGCGAUUUUUUUGGGGGGAUAGGGUGGAGGAGAUGGUAUGACUUGUAAACUGUCUUGAUAUACCAAAUUUAGGCCUUUUAUAAGUGGCAAGAGCUAGUU